AUGGAUUUAAAUCGAAUAACUUCAUCUGAUAAUAUUGAAUGUUUAAAUGAUGGUCACAAAUUUGGUUUUCAAACAUUAAAAAUACGCCAAAUCGAAAUAGAUGAACUUUUAUCGUGGAAUUCAGGUGUUGAGUUAGUUGAUCGUUAUGCAGCGUAUUUAAAUGGUAAUGACGCUUACAGUAAUGAAACCAUUUGUGAUUGUACGGCUUCUACGGUUACUAUGGAGUAUAUAUGA